UGAGAGCAGCUGCGGCGGCCCCCGAGAGCUCGGACUCCCGCCCUCCGGGAGUCAACUUGGCGCUGUGUGAAAAGGGUUUGCGAAGCGAAGCGCCCCCGGAAACUCGUCGGGAGUCGGCCGCAAAGCCCACCCCGCGGCUCGAAAAGGGGGGCGGGGGGCGGCGGUGGUGGUGGAGGAGGGCGAGGGCGGCUAAAGCGCAGCGUCAGCAAUAGUAAGUCAUGAGAAGCCAUCCCAACUUGGCGUUUUGAGCAGCGGCGGUAACGGCGGAGGGAGUAUCUCACCCCCCCUCAACCCCUCCCUCCAGUCCCUGUCGCCGGGGCUCCGUCUCGUCCAGUCUUAACGGAGCGAAGCAGCGGGAGGCGACCAACUUUUUUUUUUGUUUUUUGCUUAUAUAGUUUGAUCCCACCUCAUUCCACUCGCCCACCCCUUCCCUCCCUCCAAGAACCCCAAGUUAGUGAUGUGGGCUGCCUGGGACAAGCCGAAGAUGGGAUUUUCCUCCACCCAGCUGCUGUUCUUGCUAAGCUGUUGCCCGACGGCUUGCCGCCCUUACAAUCUAGAUACUCGGAGCCCCCUGGUCUUCGAAGGGCUCAAUGGGACGUGGUUCGGCUAUUCGGUGCUGCUGCACAGCUUUGGCACCAGCCGGUGGCUUAUAGCCGGAGCCCCUAAAGCCAGCUGGCCCAGUAAUAGCUCUGUGGUGAAUCCAGGGGCAAUAUUCAGAUGCCAAAUUGGAAAUAAUCCUAAAAGAGAUUGUGAGAUUCUCCAAGUGGGUGAUCCAAAAGGGGAAAGGUGUGGAAAAACCUGCACUGAAGAAAGAGACAAUCAGUGGUUGGGAGUGAGCCUAGCAAGGCAGCCAGGAGAAAAUGGCUCUAUUGUUGUCUGUGGACAUAGAUGGAAAAAUGUAUAUUAUAUUUCAGAGCACAAACUUCCACAUGGCAUUUGUUACGAGAUACCUCCCAAUUUUCGAACCUUGUUAAGUCAAAGAAUAUGCCCUUGCUAUAAGGAUUUUUGGAGAAAAUAUGGAGAAAAAUAUGGAUCUUGUCAAGCUGGGAUAUCAACAUUUUACACUGAGGAUUUAAUUAUUAUGGGAGCCCCAGGAUCAGAUUAUUGGGCUGGCUCCAUCUUUGUGUACAAUAAAACAGCAAACAUAUUUAUUUCAUAUCUGGAUGUGAAUCAUCAGAUAAAGUAUGGAAGUUAUUUAGGUUAUUCUGUUGGAGCAGGUCACUUCCUUUCUGCAAGUAGUUCAGAAGUAAUUGGAGGUGCUCCCCAGCAGGAGCAGACUGGUAAAGUUUACAUUUUUAAAAUUGAACCCAAACAACUAUCAAUUUUAAGUGAAUUAAGGGGUAAAAAGUUUGGUUCUUACUUCGGAGCUACUGUUUGUGCGGUGGAUCUCAAUGGUGAUGGCCUUUCGGAUUUACUAGUUGGUGCACCCAUGUAUAGUAAAGUCAGAGAAGAAGGAAGGGUUUAUGUUUACCUCAACUCAGGUUCGGGAGCAAAGAUGAUGGAGCUGCAGACAGCACUAGCUGGAAGUGAUUUGUAUGCAGCAAGGUUCGGUGAUUCCAUUGCCAAUUUAGGAGACAUUGAUAAUGAUGGCUUUGAAGAUGUAGCCAUUGGAGCUCCACAAGAAAAUGAUUUAGAAGGCUCGGUUUAUAUAUACAAUGGCAGAGAAGACGGAAUAUCACCAACUUUUUCACAAAGGAUUCAAGGACAUCAAAUCAGCAACAGUUUACGCAUGUUUGGUCAAUCUAUAUCUGGGAGAAUUGAUGUAGACAGCAAUGGGUAUUCAGAUGUAGCAGUUGGUGCAUUUUUGUCAGAUUCUGCUGUAUUACUGAGGACAAGGGCUGUAAUUAUUGUGGAAGCAUCCUUAAAACACCCCAACUCUGUAAACCGAACCAUUCUGGACUGUGUGAGAAAUGGACAACCAGCUGUGUGUGUUAAUCUAAUGCUUUGUUUUAACUCAACUAGCCAAACCAUUCCAGGUUACAUAGUAUUGCUUUAUAAUCUAAGCCUGGAUAUUAAUAGAAGGCCAGAUAUUGCAGCGAGGUUUUAUUUUUCCUCUAAUGGAACCUCUGAAGCCACCUCUGGAAGUGUCCGAAUCUAUAGCAACAACAACUUUACAUGCAGAACCCAUCAGGCAUUCAUGAGGAAAGAUGUAAGGGAUAUUCAAACUCCUAUACAUGUUGAAGCUACCUAUCACCUGGGACACCACGUUUUGAAGAAGAGAAAUGCUGAUGAACUCCAACCACUCCAGCCAGUACUUCAGCAACGGAAGGAGGAUAAUAUUGUGCGCAGCAAGUUUGUCUUUGCAAGAUUUUGUACUCAAGAAAACUGUUCUGCAAACCUUCAAGUUUCUGGAAAAUUUACAUUUCCAAAGCCUUAUGAAAAGAAACCUUACCUUUCAGUGGGAAAUGUAAAACAGUUGAUAUUAAAUAUCAGCUUAUACAAUGCUGGCGAUGAUGCUUAUCAGACCAACCUUCAUAUCCAGCUGCCUAAAGGUCUCUAUUUCACCAAACUUGUAGCACAGGAAGAAACACAGAUACAUUUUCAAAUAUCAGAAAAGGAAAGUCAUGGAGUGACAAUUACCUGUAGCAUUGGAUAUUUAUACGUUGAUCAUCUUUCAAAGGUGGACAUUAGCUUUGUAUUGGAUUCAAGUUCACUCAGCAGAGCAGAAGAUGACUUGCACAUCAGCAUUAAUGCAACUUGUGAAAAUGAAUUAGACCAUGACCUGCUGUCCGAUAACAGUGUAGUUUUAGCUUUGCCUCAGAAACACGAAGUCGAACUGCACAUUCAUGGGUCUGCGUCUCCAGCAUCAUUUAUUUAUGGACCCAGUGAAGAAAAUUCACCAGUUUCUUGCAUGGAGGAGACAAUCAACAUCACUUUCUAUGUCAGUAAUCCUGGAGUGAGUCUGGCUCCCGAUAUAAAUCUGCUGAUACAGAUACCCAAUUCUUUCCUACCAAGAGAUACCAAGCUGUUUAAUAUACUGGAUGUCAAGACCACUGAUGGACAAUGUACCUAUGAAAGUCAUAGGAGAGACUGUAUUUUACCAGAAGAACAGGGAAAUAUGGUGCAAGAUCUUAUUACAUUCCUCACAAAACUUGACAAUAGGCCACUGUUUUGUAUGAAGAACGAUCCACUGUGUUUGCAAAUACUUUGCAAAUUUGGAGACAUGGAGAGUGGAAAGGAAUCGACAGUUCAUAUUCAUCUUGAGGCAACACCUUCACUAUUAAGCAUAGAUGAAGCUUCAGUGCUUACCUUUGAGAUAAAAGGAGAAGUUUCAGCAGAUCAAAACCCCAAAGUUAUUGAACUCCACAAAAAUAAGCAAACCACUCAUGUCAUUUUGGAGGGACGUCAUAACCAGAAGACAAAACAUAGCGUCAGUGUCUUGCUUAUUGCAAUAGGUUCCCUAUUUGGAAUUUUUUUGCUUUUGCUUCUUAUAUUAUUUUUAUGGAAGAUGGGAUUCUUCAAAAGAAAAUACAAACGUUUUCCUGAGGAAAAAAAUGGAAGUGAAAGUUUGGAGUUUUUUAAACAUAUUCACAAUAAUGCCUCAGAGUAGGACGUUUGGUAGAAGUUAAGAACUAUCUGCUACAAGAACUGUUAAGUCAUAAGCCCCCAUAUCAUAUGUGAAAGGAAUAGCCAUCAAAACGGGCUUCCAAAAGCACAAAUCAUAGAAAACUCUGAAGGAUAAACAUUUUCAAGAGUUCUAAUCAAAAGGAAAGAAAAAUUCAAAAUGCAAGAACAAGGAAACACUAGGAAUUGCUCCUUGCUUUUUAAAAAGUACUUGAGAAGGAGUAUUGUACUAAUCAUACUUGAAUCGCGAAUGUAUAACCUCGCUUCCCAAGACUUUCCAGUGUUCAGGAGGAUGCAAAAUUAGACCAGUUUUAGUCUCCACACAAUGUAGACCCGGGUUCUCCCCUUCUAGUUCCUAAAAUGAAACCAGUGACAUCGUUUUUUUAAUUUGCAAAUUUAGUGGCUGCUGACAAUUUUUAUUCUACUUUCUCCACCUUGCUCUGGAAAUAUUGGGAACGUCCAGGUAAAAAGAACAAUUCAAAAACGCCCUCACAAUGUCUCCUCGAAUUGUGAUGAAAUGUUUGCAACCAAAUUGUCAAGCUCGGAGCUCAAACCAAUAGCCUAAUUACCAACCCAAGCUACUAAUACUCAAACACAUUUCAAGAAGAACUAUGCUUAUAUGUAGGAUCUCUCCAGUGAAAGGAGGAAAUUUUUUAAUGAAAAGGGAACAACAUGCAAUCUUGGAUGUCCCCUCCAUUGUAUCUGUUCAGACUUACCAUGCAACUAACCCUGGAAUAUUGGCACUCUCUAUUAGUAGGGACCCUACUGAGAGAAAAGGCUUCCUUGGCAGGGAAUGAGUGGUCAAGUCAGUGGAGAGGAAGAAACUAACUUGGUUUGUGAGCUCUUCCUAUGUAUCUUGAACUGAAAACCCAAAUGAUAUAAUAGAGCUUUGGGCUCAAGGUCUGUAUGAAAUUUUUGUUGUUGUGUGACUCUCAACCAUGUUUUGAGGGUUCUACCUGGCUGGGUUGGAGAAGUCCUCCCAUUGUGUAAAAUCAGGGAAAUGGCAGUUACCACUUCUUAUGCAAUCUUUUUAUUUAUUUUUGUAUUUUGAAGAAAUAGAGAGAAUCUUUGCCUGAUAUCUAAUGUCUAAUCUUUAGACAAAUGUAUUUUCUUGCACACAUUAUACAGGUUCAGAAUGUUUAGCAUAAGACUUAAGAAGAUGGUAAAGUACUGCACUUUAACCCCAAGAUGAUUAUUAUUUGAACAUCAUUUGUACCUCAAAGGCUCGAAAGCAUGAAUGCAUUAAAGACUCUUAUUUUUUAAAAAACCAAUCUGUUCUAUCACUGUAUACCCUACACUGUAAAAAGGAACAAUCACCAACAUUGAACUAAUAAAAUAUUAAAUAAAAUGGAA